AUGGCGUCUAAAGAUAACGGGCGAAUUUUGCACUUGGAGGAACAGGUCAGGAGUUUAUCAGAGGAGCUCGUUCAGUGUCAGGCAGAUAAAGAGUUUGUGUGGACGCUAUGGAAGCGCCUCCAAGUGGCCAAUCCCGACUUGACUCAGGCAGUGAGUCUAGUAGUAGAACGAGAGAAACAGAAAGCAGAGGUGAAAGACCGGAAGGUUCUGGAAAUCCUUCAAGCCAAAGAUUAUAAAAUCCAGGAGCUAGAACAGAGAGUGACAGAACAGCAGCGGGAGAUAAACAACCUGGCACAGGGGAGGCGAGGAGGCGAGGAGGAGCAGGAGCGGUUGAAGAAGGAGCUGGCAGCUUUGCACCAAAAACUGGGGAACAAGAGUCGACAAGUUAAGGAGCUGAAAGAAAGGAGCGAGAGGGAGGAGGAGCAAGAGAAGCGUGUGGCGGCCGCUCUGGAGGAGGCCAGGCAGGGCCUGGAGUCUCGCUGCUCCGCCCUGCAGGCCGAUCUGAAGAGAGCACAGGAGCAGGAGGCCGAGUGGAGGCAGCAGGUGUCCGCCAACUGCUCCAAAGUCAAGGAGCUGGAGGAAGCCCUGAGUAAGGUGCGUCUGACUGUGUUUGAGACCCAGAGCCACAGUGCCGCUGUGUCUGCUCAGCUCUCCUCUACAGAACGGGAACUCACACACCGAGAUGAGCAGAUCCACUCACUCAGGCGAGAGCUGGAAGAGCUGCAGGCCCUGUACAGGCAGAGUGUGGAACAUGCCGGAGAACAGGCUCAGCUUAUUCAGCAGCUGGAGGGCCUCAAUCUGGACACACAGAAAGUCUUACGCAGCCAAGAGGCAGCACACACUGCCGACACCAGCUCCUAUCAGAAGCUGUACAGUGAGCUGAGUGUGUCAUACCAGGCCCUCCAGCGCAGCGAGGCUGAGCUGCGUCAGAGGACCACGGUCCUCACAGCGCAGCUGCACCAGAAAGACCAGCAGCUCCAACAGCUCCACACUCAGCUCCAGCAGCAGCAGCAGCAGCAACAGACCGCAGCCUGCAGUCCCCAGGCCAAGCCAAGCAGCUCCCAGCCCUGUGAGGACUUUCCACCAGCUGCUGUGCUGGACUCUUUCCUGACUGGGCAGCACACACUCAUCAAGUCAACUCUGGACGACGUGCGAAUCACACGGCAGGUCCCAGAGGCCAAUCACACGGCAGGUCCCAGAGGCCAAUCACACGGCAGGUCCCAGAGGCUGCGCCGUGUGGAGGUGAACGUGCAGGGCUGGGCCGGCGUGGGCAUGGUGAACGUGCAGGGCUGGGCCGGCGUGGGCAUGGUGAACGUGCAGGGCUGGGCCGGCGUGGGCAUGGUGAACGUGCAGGGCUGGGCCGGCGUGGGCAUGGUGAACGUGCAGGGCUGGGCCGGCGUGGGCAUGGUGAACGUGCAGGGCUGGGCCGGCGUGGGCAUGGUGAACGUGCAGGGCUGGGCCGGCGUGGGCGUCCAGCAGCAGAGACUUGAGCAGGUAGAGAGGGAACAGCAAACCAAAGCAUGUGCUUCUAAUCUGGAUCUCCAACCGACCGCGGUAACACCCACCCGGUCCGAGCUGCUUCCCGCCGAGCCUCCUGACUCCACCACGGGCCUGCGCUCCUCCGCCCGCGGCCCAGACAGACGCAAGAGUGCUCCCACGCUGCGCUCCAGGUCUCUGUCUCCCAGUAGCAGUGAGUGCAGUGGGACUGUCAGAGGUGUGGAGAAGAGGAUUCAACAGCUACAGGAACUCCUCACACUCAAGACGGAGGAGAAUGAGGAGCUUCGUCGGGCACACGCCAAACGUCACGACCGGUUGCGUCUGAUCCAGACCAACUACAGGACAGUUAAGGAGCAGCUGAAGGAAGCAGGGGACGCCCAAGGACGCCCCAGAGGCAAAGGCCCACGGCGGGCGGAGCCCUGGCAGCUACGUCAGGAGGACAGCGACGGGGUGUGGAACGAGCUGGCCUUCUUCAAAAAGCAAAACAAAAAACUCUUAAUCGAAAAGGCUAAUUUGGAGGAGGAGCUGGAUCUUCUUCGUGUCCAGGCUGCUAUGGACAGAGCCACUGCCCAUGAGCUUCGCAUGAACCUGGAGGAGGAUCGACUAGAUCUGCUGCACAUGGAGGCGGAGCAAAACAAGGUCAAGAGCAGCACCCCAGUCCAGACAUCUGCUCAAAGAGUGGAGCAGUCCUUUAAAAAGAUAGCACAGCUGGAGCAGAAGAUGGUCUCCCUGGAGAAGGAGACCACGCAGCUACGCCUGGAAAACCAGGAGAUUCAGGAGAACAAUGAGGCCCUCGCCGAGGAACGGGAUCGUCUCCGGGCUGACCUGCAGCGUCUCCGCGCUCAGGGGGCGGCUCGAGAGGAAGCUCUCCAGGCCCAGGUGCAGGUUGAACGGGAGAGGCACCAAGGCGAGACCCAGGCUUUACAGGCUCAGCUGCGGGCCUCCAGGAAACAAACAGAAGAGGCCAGACGAGAGGCCGCCCAGGCCGGACAAAGGCUCCUGAGUCUCAGGCAGGAGAUGGGCGUGCUCCGCGCCCAGAGGGACUUCCACAAAGCCGCGGCCAAGCGAAGAGCAAAGGGACCCGUGUCCGCCAACAGCAAGGUCAGACGCAUGGCAACCUGGUCCAGAGCCCCUCUACCGCAGCAGAAGAGACAGGUCUACCCACACAUGCAACAGGGGCGGACGGAGAGCCCGGCUAUAGAUGACUGGGAGGACAUGAGUGUGGAUAGUGACUCUGAGUUUUCUGACAGUCUGGAGAGCCAUCGACCUGUACGAAACCAGCACACGCGCCCGGCCUCUGCUACCAAGGGCCGCAGGUACAAGGUGAUCUCCCCGCUAGGCGUGUCGACGGAGGAUUUCAACGUUCUGCAACUUCCUCAACCUCAAAGCCAAGGUGAGGAAGAGCAGGACAAGAAGGCGAGGAAGAGGAGGGCGAGGAAGGCCCACAGAAACUCGGCCUGCGCGCUCCUCCGUCAACGCGUCCUCUCUCUCCAGCAGCAAGUGUGUGUGCUACAGGCAGACAAGAAAGCAGCACAGCAGGUUGCUAGAGACCAAAAGCAAAACAACGAGAGGAUCCAGGCCCAACUGGAUGCUCUCGCCCAGAAACUCCACGGCAGCAAGCUGCUCUCUCAGAAACAGGCGGCAGAACUCGCUGGGCUAGAACAGCAGAAGGUGGUGUUGGAGAUGGAGUUGGAGCAGUGGAGGAAAAUUCGGCCUGUGCAGGAGCAGCAGCGGAUGACCCCUGACCCUGCGCUGACCCCUGACCCCAACAGCCCAGCUGUCAAACAGCUGGAGGCUGAGGUCAAACAGCUCCAGAGCAAACUCAAGAACGCCAUCAACGAAACGACCAAACACUCAGCCGCUAACAAGAGCCUAAAGUCAGAGCUCAAUGACAGAGAACAGAAACUGAAAGAGCUUCAGGAGAGGGCCAGUCUGUGUGAGAGAGACGUGGUGAUGAAGAGGCAGUUGGUAGAGGAUUUGAGGAGCAGACUGAAAGUGUUACAGGAUGCUGAGAGGAACCAGCGAUCACUCAUCGAAGACCUUGAGAAGAAAGUGAAAAGUCUCACAGAGGAGGCGUCUAACAGAAAGGCCUUCAUCGAAUCACUGAAGAGGAGACUGUCUGUGGCCACUAAAGAGAAAAGCCAACAUGAGUCCUCCUGUCAGAAACUUAAAGAGGACCUCGACCGAAAGGAGCAGAAAGUGUCGGCGCUGCAGGCGCGUGUAGCGGAGUGUGAGAAGGCCAUGGCUGAGUUGGAGCAAACUGCCUCAGCUCAGAUGCACAGUCUGGCCCAGCAGAGCUCCCAGUCCCUGGACAGUGUGAACAGCAAACUGAGCCUGGCCCACUCCCAGCUGGAGCAGCUACGCUCCUUCACACAGGCCCUGGCCGGCGAGAUGGUCCGGGAGGUGCAAGAGACCAAAGCACAGCUGAGGAAGAGGAGGAGGACUAAGAGGAGGAAGAUUUCGGCCGGGCCCUCCAAAAACUCCAUGGCCAGGGCACAGUCCAUCGCGGCCUCUAUCCUCAACAUGACGGAGACCGACCUCGCCGACAUGCUAGACACGGACGAGGUGAGAGAACCAUGUUCCGACGAUGCUCAGGACAGGGAAUGGUUGGAACGUGUGAUAAAGAUCCUCCAGCAGCAGAUCCCCUCUGCAGCCCUGCUGAUGGACGCCAUGGUGCUGAAGAUGAAGGAGAAGAAAGUGCUGACGGAGGAACUGGCCGUGCUCAGAGCAGUAGUCAGCGAAAACCCCUGA